CGCUGCUAAAAGAUAGAAACAACAAAAGUACAAUAAUUAAAUAAUUAGUGCUUUUAAACUCAAGUAAGGCAGUCAUAUAAGAGGCGUUUAAGGUAUUAAAAGACCCAAUUUGAACUGCGCGGUGUGUUUUAGUUUAACUUUUGUUACGGAUUCAGGCAAUAAAUGAAAACAAAAGCCGGAGCGCUUUAGUACAUGUUGGUUCUGUAAAUCUGGAGGAAACAUUAGUGUGGAGUUCAGUAGAUGAAAUGAUAAAACCAUGAUGGAGAACAUGAGUGAUGAGGGAGCGAUGCACCAUUCCACCACUCUGACUAACAGACAACGUGGAAAUGAAGUCACUGUCCUACCUGCAACUUUGGACAAUCUUUCCAUUCAUCAGCUGGCUGCUCAUGGAGAAACCUCAAGAGUGAAAACACUUCUUGCCAGUGAUAAAUCCUUACUGAACUCUCAAGAUGAGCGAGGCUUUACACCGCUUAUGUGGGCGGCAGCAUUUGGAGAGAUUGAGAUGGUUCAGUUUCUCCUUGAAAAGGGUGCUGAUCCAAAAACCUUUGCACGGGAACGAGAGAGUGCCUUGUCUUUAGCCAGUGUUGGAGGAUAUGCAGACAUUGUCAGCAUUCUAUUGAAAUGUGAUGUUGAAGUUGAUUCAUAUGAUUGGAAUGGGGGAACACCGCUUCUCUAUGCAGUCCGUGGUAAUCAUAUAAAAUGUGUGGAAGCUCUACUGAAGCACGGUGCUGAUAUCACAUUCGAGGCAGACUCCGGGUACAGUCCAGUGGCGCUUUCUAUUGCGCUCGGCUACAAAAAAAUGCAAAAACUUCUGGAGGAUCACAUUCUAAACCUGCUGAGAUGAUCACAUGUGACGCAGCAACAUUUUUGCAGCAUUUUCCCUUUUUUGA